AUGGAUACCCCUGCCAACAACCAGAAUACCCUCUUGAAUGUCUUCAUCGACAUCGCCCGUUCCAGCGAUGUCGAGCGUACCGUCGUCGAGUGUGGCGAGGAAAGUUGGACCUAUGGCGACCUCGACUGCAUUUCGACCGCCCUCGCCCUCGAGAUGUACCAGAAGUACGGCCCGAAGCCGGUCGUCGCGAUCGUCAGCGAGAAUCACCCUUACGUCCUCGCCACUUUGUUGGCCACCUGGAAGCUCGGAGGAAUAGUUGCACCUCUGGACUACAACGUCCCUCGUGAUAUCAUGGAGCGCAUGUUGCUUAACAUAGGGCCUACCUUUGUCCUGGUGCCUUCAACUGAGGUCAACGUUCAAAACAUCGUCAAAGACAUUGCCUAUUUAUGCUCGCCUUUUGACGCAAUGGAUUCAACCGUCACUGGUCUCAUGCAGAGGUAUCUCGACCAGUCCCCCGAACUUGCAGCUCUCGAGUUUCCUGCCCCGAGCCCAGGAGAUAUCGCGUUGUACCUCCAUACCUCCUCCGCUUCGUCUGUCGUCAACGUAAAGUGCGUACCCAUCACACAUCGAAGCAUCCUCUCCGGCGCUACGGCGCGUCUCGCUUGGUGGAAGCGUACGUGGCCUGAACAAGACUUCCAACACUUGAAGGUUCUCGGUUGGUCCCCAUGGUCGCACAUUAUCGGUUUGUCGCACGAUCUCGGCGCCGCCACGCUCUUGACAAGAGGAACGUACAUCUUCGCUAUGAUUCCGUCUGCAUACGGAACCACUCCGGGCGACGCCAAUAGAACGUCGCGGUAUCUGGAUGUUUGUGGUCAGCUCUUGGAGACUGCGAUGUCCAAGAAGCCAACUGCCUUUGCCGGAGUGCCUUGGGUCAUGGAAGGAUUUAUGAGGACUUUCAAGCAAGAAACGGAUCUCGGCCGCAAGGAACGUAUCUACGACGCUAUCAAGACUCUUAAGGUAUUUGGAUCGGGUGGCGCAGCUACCAACGCCGAAUGCCUGGAGUGGGCCAGUCAGCUCGAUAUCCCUAUUGUUUUGGAUAUUGGCAUGACGGAACUCGGAGGCCCUCUAUUCCAUUCGACCGUUGGACGUGGUGAGGGGUGGUACGCCAAGGAUUCCCUCCUCCCUGACGCCACAUUGAGCCUUAUUGGCGAAGAAGGUUCCCCUGGCACAACCGAAGGAGAACUGGUCAUUAGGAGCAGCUACAUUACGAAAGGGUACCUGCAGUACGACAAUUCGUCUUUUACGAUUGAAGAUGAUGGAACGGUGUCUUUCCGCACCGGCGAUAUUUAUGGAUAUGUUGGGGAUCAACGUAUCGCUUGGAAGGGCCGUAAGGAGGACUAUAUCCAGAUGAGCUCUGGAGAAUCUCUGGAUCCCCGCGUCGUCGAAGCCAUCUUGGACGCCUGCCCGGCCAUCGCACGCAGCUGUGUCGUUGGUAAUAACUUCCUCAAGACCUCGUCUCAGGUUGUAUGCGCCAUCAUUGAACCUGCCCAGGGUCACUCGUCAUCGCCCGAAAUUACCCGCGCAGUUGCCGCCGCAAACCGCGGUCUCGCUCCCCCAUUGCGUGUUUCCUGGGCUCGUGUCCUUGUCUUGGAAAAAGGGCAGCAGGUUCCCAUUACCAAGAAAGGUGCCAUCUUCCGAAAGAAGCUCGAGCAACUCUUUGGCGAACAGCUCAAUGCUCUCCUAAGUCGUUCACAAGAAGGUAUCGCCUCGCAAACGGAAACGAAACCCUCUGUCUGUUCGAACCUGGCCCAGGGGAGGACGAAGGACCAGAUCUCCAGCAUUGUCUCGAGCAUCGUGACAGAUGCUUUACGAAUCUCCAGAGACACUUUGGAUGGCAAUACACAAGCAACCUUCGCAGAGCUUGGAAUGGACUCGUCUAUGUCGACCAAAAUCGUCAAUCAGCUCAACCGCCAACUCGAGAUGCGCCUACCCCUCAACACCUGCCACACUUACAUCGAUCUAGUCUCGCUUACCAACGCCGUUCUUUCCAACCUCGGCAUUGAGGACGCCUCGGACGCCAAAGUACGCCCUACUGCGCGUGUAGCCCCUCCUGCCAGAGAGAAAGAAGAUAUCGUGAUCGUCGGCCAGGCUGUUCGUUUACCUGGCGAUAUCGAUACCCCCCAAUCCUUCUGGCAGGCGCUCAUCGACCAGCGAGACGACGUAAUUACGCCAGUGCCUGAAUCACGUUGGGACCAUGCCAGCUUCUAUAGGGCACCGGACUCGAAAGACCCUCCUGGUCCUUGUGACAUCACGCUCGAGAAGGCCGGAUGGGUCGACCUUGCCCACUUCGAUCACGGUUUCUUUGGCGUCUCGUCGGUGGAGGCCUACCACAUGGCCCCGACUAUUCGACUCGCACUCGAGAUUGCUUUCGAGGCACUGGAGAGUGCCAACAUACCUACGUCCAAGAUCAAAGGCAGUCAAAUGGGUGUCUUCGUGGCUACCGGUAUGGACGAAGGUUACAUCAAGCUGCUAUUCGCAGACAAAGGCUGGGGUGCCUAUACACGCUUCUAUGCCACUGGUGUUGCCACCAGCACUGCAUGCGGGCGUAUAAGCUACUUGUUGGAUGUCCAUGGCCCUUCCAUCACUAUCGACACGGCAUGCAGCUCCGGCAUCAUAGCUCUGGAUUCCGCCGUCCAAUACCUCCAAUCUGGCGAAGGCGAGUCAGCGAUUGUAUGCGGAAGCAACACACACCCUUGGCCUGGCAUCUUUGGCUUCUUGAGUGGUCAGAAGAUGACUUCGCCCAGCUCUCACUGUGCGACAUUCACGAAUCUGGCUGAUGGUUAUGUCCCUUCUGAGGGUGCAGCUGGCCUUAUUUUGAAGACCAAGAGUGCCGCUCUUCGAGAUGGCGAUAGGAUCCUCGGUGUCAUCAGAGCUACCGACGUGAAACACGAUGGCAGAUCGCAAGGCCUGGUCGCUCCAAAUGUUAAGGCGCAAAUUGCCAUGCAAAUCGCGUUGCUUGAGAAAGCCCAACUUUCACCGUCUCAGAUAGAUUUUAUUGAAGCCCACGGAACUGGUACAACGUUGGGCGAUCUCAUCGAGAUUCAAGGCAUCAAUGAAGUCUUCAAAUCGUCACACUCGCCCGAACAGCCCCUAGUUGUUGGUGCCUCCAAGUCUUGUGUCGGACACACGGAAAUCAUUGCCGGCUUGAUUGGUGUUCUCAAGGUCCUCGGGACGUUCGCUGAUGGCACAGUACCGGGUCUGGUUCAGCUCACGAAGGACAACAUGAAUCCCUCCCUGGAUUGCAGCGUAGUUCCUUUGCACAUUCCCAUCGAGACGGCGGCUGUGAAGCAGAACACGGACCUUCCUUUGCGUGCUCUUGUUUUGUCCAAUGGUUUCGCAGGCUCGAUUGCUGGUGCCAUUCUGGAAGCUCCCUCCGAAGACAUGAAGCCGCAACCAACGGCUCGGAUCCCUGAAAACAUGCCCAUGCUGUUCGUUGUCAGUGGAAAGAGUGAAGCAGCACUGACUCAAUAUCUGAACAACUAUCUCGAUUUCUGUCUCGAGGCCCCUGCGUCUUCCUUCCAUUCAGUCUGCUACACUACCUGCGUCGGUCGUGAACACUACCGCUACAGGUUCGCUUGUAUCGCAAACAACAUGCAAGACCUCAUCGCGCGCAUCGAGGAUCGUAUUCAAAACCCUCCGGCUACUAAUGGUGGCAAUGCGCGGCGCAUUCUGUUCGGCUUCCCUGGUCAAGGUUCGCAGUACCAGGGUAUGGCACGCUCUCUUGCGACUCAGUACAGCGGAUUCAGGAAUGUUGUCACGGAAGUUGCCAACAAAGCGUCCGCUCUCACUGGUUAUCCCAUUCUUCCUUACCUUGUGGAAGAAUCUGCACCUGGGCACAUGUCGAUUGAUCAGAGCGAGGUUGCCCAGGUGUGCAUCUUCGUCUUCCAGUAUUCGAUGGCCACUUGGUUGGAGACACUUGGCGUCCAAGCACAUGCAGUUAUGGGCCAUAGCUUGGGAGAAAUUGCCGCAUCGGUUAUUGCCGGGGCUUCCAGCUUUGACCACGGUUUGCAAUUUGUGGUUAUCAGAGCCAAACUUCUCCGCGCGGAUCCCGCGCAUCCUGGUGGCAUGGCCGCCGUCGCUGCCCCAGAGGAACGCGUCAAUCACUAUAUCUCUUCACUUGGUUUGCGAGGACGUGUUGCGAUAGCCGUUCAUAAUGGUCCGGACAGCAUUGUUGUCUCGGGCGAACUGAAGGGCGUUGAGAAACUUAUGGCCGCGGCCAAGCGAGAUGGUUUGAGAUCUGUCAAGUUGGUUGUAGAUCAAGGCUUCCACAGUCCUUCGAUUGCACCCGCCCUCCCUGCUCUCAAGGCAUGGCUAGAUGAACACGAAGCGUCAAUGAAGCCCCUCGAGAAGCCUUUCUUCUCUACCGUCCGCGCCAGGGAAAUACCUAAACAUCAAGACUUGAAUUCUCAGUACUGGGUGGAUCAUGCCCAAAAUUCUGUGAAAUUCCUUCAGACCGCUAGGGUGGCACAUAAGUCCUCCUCGAUUGAUGUCGUCAUAGACGUUGGGCCGCAGCCAACGGUGUGGUCUAACAUGCAGUCGUCAGAGUUUGCUGGCAAGUCCCGCCUUGCGUUUACCGGGAAACGGGGCAAGGAUCAAAUUCUAGCCAUGCUUACUGCACUUUCGGCUCUCUUCGAGAAGGGCUUUACCAUCGACUUCUCGGCUCUCUUCAGUCAGAUGCCCUAUAGGUUUACCAUGACCGACAUUCCUACAUACCCAUUCCAACGCAUCCUCAACUACCCCACCUAUAUUGCAUCUCGCAACAACCUUCUGGGAGUCGGCCAGUCUCAGGCUCGAGCAACAUCAACCUGUCCACGCUUCGUCGUCGAUCAAGCACUCUGCGAUUUCCUUGAUCUCCAUCGCAUUGAAGGUCGCAGAGUUCUCCCUGGUGCCGCUAUGGUCGACUUUUUUGCGCGUGCUGCUCCGAAGAGAUCCGUGAAAACCGUCAAAUUCCAUGUUCCUUUGGUUCUCGAAACACCGGAUACUCAAGCACGCGUCGAAGUCGAGAAGUCAUCGUUCAAGCUUGUGCAAGAAGGCUGCGAUACCACCAAGUUCUGCUCCGGCACCUUCUCCGGCGAAGCUCCAGUUCAUGUGCCAAAGAGGAUCGUCAGGGAGCCCGAGGUGGUGCCUUUGCAGAUAAUGUCCAAGAGCCAAGUCUAUGAAUGCUUCAAGAACGUGGCGUUUGGAGAGCCGUUCCGCACCGUUCAGCAGGUUAAAUUCUGGGCGGACCAUGCAGUUGGAGACAUCAUCGUCGACAAGACCAGCAGUGCUGCCCAUGACCGCAUCCGCAAAUUGGAUGCUUGCCUGCACAUGUUCGCCGCUGUCUCUUCCAAGGCUGCCCCUCCCGUUGACGACACGAACGGAGCGUUCCUGCCAACGUCUCUGGAAGACUUCACUCUUCAUACCGACGAUAUCCCCUACAACUUCACUUGCCGUUAUUAUCUUCCUCUUGAGGUUGGUCGCGGUGCCCGAGUUUUGAGCGGCUCGUUCGAAGUCUUCUCCGAGUCUGGCGAACUCUUGGUUUCCUGCAAGAAGUACACGGUUGCCUGGGUGCCCCGCGGUGGUGUUCAUAAGGAACAGGAGGCCUGUGCAGUGGAUUUGAAGGAUGUAUGGCUCCGCAAUGGAUGGAGCGUCCAGAGCCCCGCCCAACAGGAGGAGUCGUCAUGUCACAAGUACGAUGAGCUUCUGUAUGUCGGCAAUGGUCCUUCAUCUAGAGUCUUGAAGGCUCUAUCGACAUCAGCCAGGGACGCCCUGUCGCUCGAAGUUGCCGGUCUGCCACAGGACGCAGAAGGCUACAAGAACGACAAUGUUAAGUGCUUGGCUACUGGUCAGAUCGAUGCUAUAGUCACCAAUAUGCGUGGUCAGGACGUGCUCGUCGUCUUCGAUGUGAGCAAGGCCAACAACAACCCAGAUUCCAGUGAAUUCACCGCCCUUUACAUCCAACUUCUUUCUCUCCUGAGAUUCAUGGCGGACUGCAAGAUUCACAUAUCAACUCUGCUUGCAAUCACCUCUUGGUCUGCGCCGGUGGACCUUUAUACCGAAGGUCUUGACCUCUUCUCCGAUUCGAAGGCGACGUCCACGACCUUGGUUGGUGCCAUUUUGCAUGGGAUGCUGAGGGUCUUCCGACGAGAAACUGGCAUGGAUUUCGCUGCUUGGUGUCUCGAUCUCCCUAGCCUUGACUCUGUUGAUCAAUCCAAGCUCAACGAGAUCAUUUCCGCCGAGAUGCAAGCACAUCGCAAUGUUUCGGGCAGGGACACUUUCAUUUGCUACCGCGAAGAUUCCUCAAAGAAAUCGUUGUCCCGCCUUGUUCCACGUCUGCAGCCCAUCGAGAAAGUGCCAGCGAGGUCGCCCUCAGGCACUACUGUCGUUGUCGGUAUGGGUCACAUUGGGACGGAAAUCGCCUCGGCUCUUGUCGAGGCUGGCUGCAGUACGGUUGUCUUCUUGGGUCGACGGCCCGAGAGUCAUGAAGACAUCCGUGCAGCACUUGCGCGAAUCCCUGAGAAAGCUCGAGGCCAUUGCAUGUACCGACAGGGCGACGCUGCCGAUAUGCAAUCGCUGAAGAAUGCACUGGCGGAUAUCAACUACCUCUACGGCGGCAUCAAGAACGUCAUCCACACCGCCGCGGUUGUAAAAACUGCUAAUAUCAAGAACUUCGACGCUUCCGCUUACGAGGAUGUUCUUCGUCCCAAGGUCCUCGGGUCGUGGAACUUACACAUUGCUUGCCAAGAGCUCAAUCUCUCCCUUGAUUCCUUCGUUCUCUGCAGCUCCGCCAAUGUCCUUGUGGGAAACUCGGGGCAAAGUGCAUGUAUUUCCGCCAACGCCUUCAUGGACUCCCUUGCUACUUACCGUCACAACUGUGGCCUUUCUGGAAGCUCGUUGCAACUCGGCGCACCGGAAAGCAUGGAUAUGGGCGACGGUCUCGCUUUCCACUGCCAUUCGGAAGAGGUCGCCUCUAUUUUGAAGGCUAUGAUGGUGCCCAUCCCUCUGCAAAUCGUUGCGCGUGUGGACCUUAAGAACCUGGCUUCGACACCGACCUCCUCCGAAGAUCCAUUCUUUGCCUCCCUUCUCCCACCCUCGAAGAAGACUGCCGCAUCGACUGACAAGGCUAGAGUGUCGACCGAAGACGCCAAGAAGAUUGCCUUGUCCAUCCUUCGUGCUGCGAUGGAGUUACAGCCUAACGAAACGCUCGACACGAACGAGCCAUUGGGUGCUUGUGGUGCCGACUCCAUCGCGUUCGCCCAGUUCAAAGGACAUCUUCUCAAGGAGCUGCAGGUGGAUGUUCCGGAUAAAUUCUUGUCGGACGAGUACACGAUUGGCGAUAUGAUUAGCAACAUCCUUGAGACCUACAGUGCGACAGCAUGA